AUGUUGGAUUCGAAAGACGCUCAUUGGAUUAUUCCUGUUUCCGUUGUUGCCGGAAUAGCUGCAGUUGCGGUAGCUGGAGGACUAGUGAUUAAAUUUGUUUUCAAGAAAUCGGACAAGAUUAUCACCCAUGACACAACACUAUAUACUUUUGGCCUUCCGUCAGUGGAGUAUGUGCUUGGUCUUCCUCCUGGUAACUGCAUUCAACUGCAUGCAAGAAUCAAUGGGGAGGAUGUCAAACGACCAUAUACUCCUGUUACUUUGGACGAGUACAAAGGAUAUGUCAAGUUCUUAAUUAAGGCCUACCGCAAAAAUGUGAAUCCGAAUUUUCCUGCUGGAGGUAAAAUGACUCAAUAUCUCGAAACUCUUGACGUUGGAGAUGCCAUAGAAGUUAGCGGUCCUUUUGGUCUUAUUCAUUAUUGUGGAGACGGCUUGUUCGAGGUCAAGGGUGGGACCACGCGGAAAGUUUCGGCAACCAACGUUAACAUGAUUUGCGGCGGCACUGGACUCACUCCGAUGUAUCAGCUCCUUAAGUAUAUUCUCAACUCUUCUUCGGACAGGACAAAAGUUGCCAUGAUAUUCGCCAACCAAACUGAAAAGGAUAUUCUUCUACGUGAUGAAUUGGAGCAGCUUCGCGACCAAAACUCAUCUCAAUUCCGCAUUUGGUACACAGUUGAAAGUCCGCCACAGCAUUGGACCUACGAUGUGGGUUACUUGGAUCAAAAGAUGCUGGAGGAACAUUGUUAUCCAGCAAGCGACACCACUGUGAAUUUACUCUGUGGGCCAGCCUCGAUGAUAAAGAACGCUUGUCUGCCAAAUCUAGCAGCCCUCGGCCACAGCAAAGGGAACACACUCACAUUUUAA